CGUUUCCCCUGGAAUGUGAUUCUUCUCAGUAUAUUUACACUCGCUAUGUCCUUCAUGACGGGAACAAUCGCCAGUUUCUACAGUUCACGGGCGGUUCUGAUCUGCAUGGGCAUCACGGCCAUCGUCACCAUCGCUGUCACCAUCUUCUGUUUCCAGACUAAGGUGGACUUCACCUCUUGCGCCGGAUUGUUCUCCGUGCUGGGAAUCGUCCUCUUCAUCACCGGCAUCGUCACCGCCAUCGUCCUGGCAUUUAAAUAUAUAUAUUGGCUUCACAUGCUGUACGCCGCCAUCGGGGCCAUUGUCUUUACUCUGUUUUUGGCGUAUGACACUCAGCUGGUGAUUGGGAAUCGGAAGCAGACCAUCAGUCCGGAGGAAUACGUCUAUGGCGCCAUGAAGAUCUACACGGACAUCGUCUACAUCUUCCUCAACCUGCUGCAGAUUGUGGGGAGCAGAACGUAGACCACACCGCCCCCCCUCUCCCUGUUGGGGCAUGCUGGGAGCCCCAGGUGACCCCUCCCAAUUAGGGCUUAUCUAUGUAACCCCAGUGAGGGGAUCGGGGGGCUUUAUCAUUUUUGGGUAAAUCUUCCUUUUUUGAGCUUUUACACUUUUUAUAUAUCCUGGUGCGUUGUGGAGUUUGGGAAAUAGCGCCCCCUGUGGCAGCUCCUGAUAGGUCAUUGGUUAUUCCUGUAUAUUCAGAUAUUUUAUGUGCCAUUUAUCAUGUAUAAUAUAAAA